AUGCCUCCCAUUAGAAAACACAAGUCUGGAGCUCAGAAGAGAAAAGAAAAGGAACGACAAGAAGCAUUAACUCAAUCUCUAGCUGGAUCACUUGAUAAGUAUUUUGGGGGAAACAAAAAAGCAGAAACGUCAGUUCAAAAUGUGGUGAAUGAUCAGGAAGAUGAGCAUAAUAAUGAACAAUAUGAUGAACCCAUGAAUGCUCAUGAGAAUCAUGGUGAAGAAGAAAGAGAGCAUAUGAUUGACAAUGAGAAUGAAGAUCAACUCAUGGAUGAGGAAGAUAAUAAUAGUAUGGAUCAAGAUGUCCCAAAUGCAGAUUUCAAUGAGCAAAUUAACUUUCCUUUGAAUGUUGAUGACUCAGGAUACAAAGAUUGGAAGAACCUUGGUCGCAGGAUUAAGGGUCAUGAAACAAGUAAUGUGCAUGUUUAUUGUAUGAGUAGAUGGAUUGAAUUGAAAAAGAGACUACAAAAGAAUCAGACAAUUGAUAAAAGCUGGCAAGAACAGAUUACGAAAGAGAAAGAGCAUUGGAGACAAGUAUUGCUCAGGAUAAUUGCUAUUGUCAAAAGACUUGCAAAAAAUAAUUUGGCAUUUCGUGGAGAUAGUGAGAAGCUUUAUGUGGAGAAUAAUGGAAUUUUUUUGCAAAUGAUUGAGAUGCUUGCUGAAUUUGAUCUAACAACGCAAGAGCAUGUUCGACGCAUUCAAAGUCAUGAGACACACUACCAUUAUCUCAGUCACAGAAUUCAAAAUGAAAUGAUACAAAUGUUAGCAAUUGAGAUAAAACAAUCAAUUGUUACAAGUAUCAAAGAAGCAAAAUACUUUUCCAUUAUUGUGGAUUGCACUCCCGAUGUAAGUCAUGAAGAGCAAAUGUCUCUUUUAGUACGGUGUGUGGAUGUUUCUUCAAAGCCUAUAGUGGUAGAAGAGUUCUGGCUAGAAUUCUUGAAAGUAGAUGAUACAUCAGGUCUUGGCCUUUUUACUGAGAUUACAAAUGCAUUGAGCACUCUUCAACUUGAUAUUGAUGAUAUAAGAGGACAAGGAUAUGACAAUGGAGCUAAUAUGAAAGGAAAACACAAAGGUGUUCAAAAAAGGCUACUUGAAGUAAAUCCUAAGGCAUUCUACACUCCAUGUGUUAAGCCGUUGUCACAGACACGUUGGGAGAGUCAUGUUGAAAGUGUUAAACCCAUAAGAUUUCAAGCUCGUAAAAUAAGAGAUGCUUUAAUUCACUUGGCAAAAGUUAGUGAAGAUCUGAAGACAAAGAGUGAAGCCGAGUCGUUAGCAAUAUUUGAGAUGGAGAACUUUGAAUUCUUGCUUGGCAUGGUUAUUUGGUACAAGUUAUUAUUUGCUAUCAAUACUGUUAGCAAAAUUCUUCAAACUGAAGACAUGCAUAUUGAUUUUGCCAUCACAGAACUAAAGAAACUUAUUUCUUCUCUUGAGAAUUUUAGAGAAAUUGGGUUUGAUGAGGCCAUGAUUGAUGCUAAGAAGAUUGUGAAUGAAAUGGAGAUUGAAGCUGUAUUUCUUGAUCAAGCUCUUUCUUCACUUAGAACUCGGUUUGAACAGUUUCAAAAAUAUGAAGAACUUUUUGGUUGCUUCUGCAGAAAGAAGUUUCUGAAAGCUGAAAUUGAUCAAAUCUUAUCUUCAGUCAACCAUGUCACAAGAAAGAUUAAACGGUUUAUCUAUGCUAUCUAUUGA